CCACAAAUGAACCAUUCAAUUUCAUAGGCACAAAAACACAGACAGUUGCUUUAGAGAUAUCAGAAAGCCUUUCAGUUCGUUCUCAGAUUGCUCACAUUCCAUAUUAUGGUAGCUCUACCUCAGCUUCUUCACUAUCACCACCACCUCUUCUCCCACCAAUUCCCCAAAACCCAUUUCCAGAGACACAACCUCACUAAACGAGGCUCUACCUUUCUCACCAGGAUGUCCAUUUCAUCAGACCCUCGCCCACUGGACAGUAAAUGUUCUCUAGCAUUUGUCGCUCCUCUCGAAGCAAUUCUAUUUGAUAUAGAUGGAACAUUGUGUGAUUCAGAUCCGCUCCAUUAUUAUGCUUUCCGUGAAAUGCUUCAAGAAGUAGGUUUUAAUGGUGGGGUUCCUAUCACUGAGGAAUUCUUCAUUAAGAAUAUCAGUGGGAUGCACAAUGAGGAGCUCUGUGGUGUUCUCUUUCCUGAUUGGGAUCUCCAAAGAGCAAGAAAUUUUUUUGAAGAUAAGGAAGACAUGUUCCGAAGAUUGGCAUCUGAACAGUUAGAACCUAUGAAGGGCUUACAUAAGUUGCGGGAAUGGAUUGAAAAUCAAGGCUUGAAACGGGCUGCAGUAACAAAUGCACCAAGACCAAAUGGUGAGCUAUUAGUAUCAGCACUGGACCUCCUGAGUUUCUUUGAAGUUCUAGUUAUUGCAAAUGAAUGUGAUCGAGCAAAACCAUUUCCUGACCCUUACUUGAAAGCUCUCCAAGCACUUAAUGUGUCAAAUAAGCAUGCUUUCGUCUUUGAGGAUUCUGUCUCAGGAGUAAAAGCUGGAGUGGCAGCUGGAAUGCCGGUGGUGGGUUUGGGCACAAGGAACCCUGACAGUUUACUGCUAGAUGCUGGAGCCUCCUUUGUUAUUAAAGAUUUUGGUGACCCAAAAUUGUGGGAAGCACUGGAAGAGUUGGAGAAGAAAGCAGUGAAACAAUAAAGGGCAAUAACAUAAAGACCAAAAGCAUUAAAUUAUACAAUGGAGGUUUGACCUUGCAUAUCCCAAUUGUACAUGCAUUCAAUUCUUUUUUGGUUACAUUGUAGGAUAUCGAACCCUUAUCAAAACAAAAUCCUGUCUGAAAUUGAGCUAAACUAUUACAUAGUAUUCUUCAAUUUUUGAAUAUCUCAAA